AUGAUGGACAUGGACGAAGAGGGGAGUUUAAAGCUCGGCGGUGCACCGUCAGCAUUAGGUCCGCCACUGUCCUCCCGGGAACGGAUCCCUCUGCAGAAGAGCAGUGUGUGUUCACGCUCCUACUUUGUAGUGGUCAUGGUUUUCUUCCACGUCUACAUCCUAAAUGUGCUCGCACUCUUACUGUAUGUGCAUUACAACAAUUCGUCUGAUGUGGACAGCUCGAUCAGAGAGAUCAGCAGUGGAAACAGUGUUCGUGAAUCUGCAGGUCAGCCUCCCACUGACCCCAACUUCACCCGUGAUAUUCAUCUGCCACGCAUCGAGGGGAUUCGGGUUGGCCAUGUGCAAAAAGUGUCUCUAGUGCCAGGAAAAGUACACGAGAUGAAGACCCUUAGUCUGAAGCCUCUGCUCUUUGAAAUUCCUAAUUUUCUCUCUGAGAAGGAGUGUGACGUGGUGGUGCAUUUAGCUCAUCUGAGGGGGUUGGUGGAGAGUCAGGUCAUGGUGCCUGAAGGACAAGAAGAGCUCAGCCAGCAGCUUAACCUCAGCGCAGAGGAGAUCUUCCAUUUGCUUGACCUCAACCAGGAUGGCCAGCUGCAGCCUCAUGAGAUUCUGACACAUUCCAGAGUGAGGGAUGGAAUCUGGCUGACUCUGGAAAACCUUAGGGAGAUCUAUACUGGUCUUGAUGCAGACAAGGAUGGCAAUGGUCUAUUGAGCCUAGAGGAGUUUGGGCAGCUAAGCACUGAUGCAUUCCAUCGGUUUUUGCUCCAGCGGGGGGUGAACAGGACCCAGUUGGUGAGAAACAGCAGGCACACGUGGCUUUAUCAGGGUUCCGGAGCACACCAGGUCCUUCGAGAUAUUCGCAACAGGGUUACACAUUUAACAAGACUUCCACCCUCUCUGGUGGAGCUGAGUGAACCUCUGCAGGUGGUGCGUUAUGAUGAAGGCGGUCAUUAUCAUGCUCACCAUGACAGUGGGCCAGUUUACCCUGAGACAACCUGCACACACACCAGUCUUGCCGCCAACUCAUCCUCACCUUUCCAGACCUCCUGCAGGUACAUUACUGUGCUGUUCUACCUGAACACUGUUGAUGGAGGAGGGGAAACCACAUUUCCUGUAGCAGAUAACAGAACAUAUGAAGAAGUGUCUCUUAUACAGGGUGAUGUUGAUCUGUUGGACACUAGGAAGCACUGUGAUAAAGGCAACCUUAGAAUCAAGCCCACUAAAGGAAAAGCUGUGUUCUGGUACAACUAUCUCUCUGAUGGAAAAGGCUGGGUGGGUGAACAGGAUGAGUACUCACUCCAUGGAAGCUGUGUGAUCACUCGAGGAGUAAAAUGGAUCGCAAACAACUGGAUCAAUGUGGACCCAGACUACCAACGACAGGCUCGCUACCAGCAGCUCAUCUCUCAACAUCAGCAGGCACAGCAGCAGCAGGCACAGCAGCAUUGGCAUCAGGAGGCUCAGGAGCAGACAACAGAUACACACCAAGACCUGUAAACUAAACACACACAAACACACACACAUCCAACAAGAUUCUUCUAGCAUCCACAUACAUUUGUAAACACAUUAUGACAUUCAAAUCCACUUUAUGCAUUCCAGUCACAGUGCAACUACUGGUAGCCGGUACCCAGCAUUUACACACUCUGGUGAUAAAAGUUGUCCAAAGUGGAAAGCAGUCGCCCAGACCAGAAUAUAGUGUUGGUAGAAAAUCAAAUCAAAAUGAUUUCUUGGUUAAAAUAAUUGAAUUAAACAAAGGU